UGAGAUUAUUUCAUUUGGUAAAAGUGUUUGUUUGUUUGAAAUAUUUUGUCCUUGAUUAAAUUUAAUUAGCUAAUUAAAAAUGUCUCAACAAUUUGCAGAUAUGGCCAAUAAAUUUGGCAAAGGUGGUCCUAAAGGUCUUGGUCUUGGUUUGAAGCUUUUAGCAGCUACUGGUGCUUUAGGUUAUGGUCUAACUAAAUCAGUCUACACCGUUGAAGGAGGUCACCGUGCCAUCAUUUUCAGUCGAUUAGGUGGUAUUCAAAAUGAAAUCUAUCCUGAAGGUCUUCAUUUUAGAAUACCUUGGUUUCAAUAUCCAAUCAUUUACGACAUUCGAUCACGGCCCAGAAAAAUUUCUUCACCAACUGGUAGCAAAGAUUUACAAAUGGUCAAUAUUUCAUUAAGAGUCUUGGCUCGACCUGACGCUGUCAAGUUACCGGAAAUGUACAGAAUGUUAGGAACCGAUUAUGAUGAAAGAGUUUUACCAUCAAUCUGUAAUGAGGUUCUUAAAAGUGUUGUGGCCAAAUUCAAUGCAUCCCAGUUGAUUACACAGCGUCAGCAAGUAUCACUUCUUGUUCGUAAGGAGCUUAUAGACCGAGCCAAAGAUUUCAAUAUUAUUCUGGAUGAUGUUUCAUUGACUGAAUUAAGUUUCAGUAAGGAAUAUGCUGCUGCUGUUGAAUCUAAGCAAGUCGCCCAACAGGAAGCUCAACGAGCCGCAUUCAUCGUUGAACAAGCCAAACAAGAGAGACAACAGAAGAUCGUUCAAGCGGAGGGAGAAGCCGAAUCUGCUCUUAUGUUAGGUGAAUCCAUUGCCAAGGAUCCUGGCUACCUCAAGCUUAGGAAGAUUCGAGCUGCCCAACAAAUCGCAAAGACGGUCGCUAGUUCACAAAACAAGGUUUAUCUCAACUCUGGUUCUCUUAUGCUCAAUAUUGCUGAUAAGGAAUAUGACAUUACAGCUGAUACAAUUAAACCUGGUAAAAAAUAAUGGAACCUUGUCAAAUGUUAGAUGUUAAUUGAUAUAAAAAACGAUCACAAUCAAAGAAACAAAAAAAAAUAAUAGUCUAUUCAUCUUUAGUUUACCAAGAAACUUACACAUACACACAAAAAAAUUAACUGUUGUAUUUCCUACCACUUAAUUGUCAAUUAAACACUUUUUUCGUCUAAUUCUUCCAUUAUUGUAAAACAUUAAUUGUGUCAAUUCUUAGAUUUAGUUUCUGCCAAUUAAAUUUUCUAAUUAAUUUUAAA